AUGGCCUCUUCCCAAGUGGAAAUUGCCCCUUCAUCCCCGUUUGCCGUCCACAACCCCCGGCGCCGUGAUCCGUGCUUCAAUCAACUCGUCAUUCCCAACGAUAAUACUAGUUCUUCUUCUUCUUCUCGGCACAUUGAUUUAUGGGUUCACCAGCCCCAAUGGCAAACCACCAAAACCACGCCCGUUAAUGAUACUAACAACAACAAUAAUGAUAAUAGAGGUAAGCAUAAUGACAAGCACAAGCAGAAGCAGAAACAAACAGAUGAUAAAUGGGCAAGAGCUAGAGAAAUUGUUUUCGAUCAUCAUCGUCAUCCAAAGCCGGAGAGAUUGGUGGAUGAGGAGGUGUCUAAUUUGCGGGGCGUCUCUUCCCUGGUUCAAAAAUGGAGAGGCUUCGAGGCAGAGGCCAAGUUCAGCGGUAACAGGACCAGCAACACCAUUAAUUCCCCCGAUAAUGCCCCACCUGUGCUCAUGACAAGUACCAGCGCCGGCGGAGGUGGGGAAGACGAUCCUUUUGGGGAGGAUUGGGAAUCAUCAUCAACAACACCAAACGUGGCAUUCAGUGCUCCAGCUUCUGAUGCUACCGAAAUAGAGAGGCUUAGGGUUGCUGACAUCAUCAGAAAAUUGACUGACGAUGUUGUGACGUCGUCGGAGUCACCGCCACGUCCUAGAACAUCAGUGGAUCAAACAACAACAACAACAGCAGCAGCAGCAGAACAGAGGUGUUGUUUCUCCCUGAGCUCACCUCGCAUUAGGGGUCGUCAGGCCUACAAUGAUCUCCUCACUCAGAUGGAGCGCGAUAAGCAAAAUGAGCUUCAGGGACUUAUCGCCCGUAAACCCGUUUCCAAAUUCUCUCAUCGAGGCCGCAUUCAGGUUACUACUACUUAUCAAAUACUACAUUUAUUCAUUUUUUGUAUCAUUAAUCUAUUUAUUUAAUGUUACUUA